CAGUGCGCGUCUGCCGGCGGGACCAGGAGGCUGGGACAGCCCCGCCGAGCCUCCCCAGCGGCUCAGCCCGGCCCACGGACGCCGGACCCGGGGGUGCCAUGGCGUGCGUGGAGCGCUGCUGCCGCUGCUGCGCGGAGGGCAGGCGGCACAGCAGCAUCCUCUACAGCAUCCUACGGAGCCAGGAGCGCCAGGAGCGGGCGGCGCCGACGGGACAGGCUCCCCGCGGCUGCCCCUGCGGGUCGAGGCGGCGGGUGGCCCUGCGGAGCCCGCAGGUGGUUUGCAAGGCGGCCUCGGCCGUGCUGGUGAAGACGCUGCGCUUCGUCCAGAACGUGCCCUGCUUCCAGGAGCUGCCGCUGGAGGAGCAGCUGCUGCUGGUCCGCAGCUGCUGGGCGCCCCUGCUGCUGCUGGGGCUGGCGCAGGACCGGGUGCCCCUGGAGACGGUGGAGAGCGCGGAGCCCAGCAUGCUGCAGCGCAUCCUCACGGCCCGGCGGCACGGAGAGCAGCCCCCGCCGCGGGUACCCGCACCGCCGCCGGGCCGGCAGCACCACGGCCCGCACCUGCCCUCGGCCGGAGAGAUCCAGGCCAUCAAGGGCUUCUUGGCCAAGUGCUGGAGCCUGGACAUCAGCACCAAAGAGUACGCUUACCUCAAGGGGACGGUGCUCUUCAACCCGGAUCUACCUGGACUGCAGUGUACACAGUACAUUGAAGGACUGCAGAGGGAAGCACAACAAGCUCUAAAUGAACAUGUCAGGCUCAUUCAUAGAGGUGAUGAAGCCAGAUUUGCCAAGCUGAAUGUUGUUUUAUCUUUGUUAAGAUCUAUUAAUGCUGAUGUGAUGGCUGAAUUAUUCUUCAGGCCCAUCAUUGGAGCGGUGAACAUGGAUGAUAUGCUUUUGGAAAUGCUUUGUGCAAAAUUAUAAAGACAUGUAAAAUAAUGAAAGUAAGUCCAGUGCAAAGGAAGCCCUAGAGCAGAAUAGUGUAAAGUAUUGUAAAUAAACUAACUUAUUGUUUUUACAUAGAUAGUAUUUUUGUAUUCCAUAAUAAAAUAUUCUUCAAGAUCUGAAAUGAAUUUUUAUUAAACAGUGCUUUUGGAAUAAGAUUACGGUCAUCAAAACAAGCUUUAAGGUUGUGGAAAAUGUUCAUAUCCAAAGUCAAAUGGUUAUUCUUUUACCAUGUCUCUGAACAAUGAACACACUUACUAUAUUGUACUUUCAAGGUGAGUAAUCCCUGCUUUUUCAAAAUAAGCAGAAGUCUAGGUUUACGUUUUAAGCAUAACUGGCAGAAAACAGGAAAGAACAAGCCAUUUACUUUGCAUAUUUCAGUAAUAUUAGAAUAAGAUACUAUAGCAACCAUUCUACUCACAGUUCAAAUAAUGGCUCUAUCAAAGGCUUACUGUCAGUGAACUACUUCUAUUGACUUUAACAGAAUGGAAGUCUAUGAAGAUUCAAUACUCACCUAGGGUUUUCUUUGAUAUGGGGAAGAUGCAUUAAGAAUAUUUUGAGGCUUAAUGAACCUUAAAGUAGCUUCAUCAGCUCUAAUGUGUGCAGUAAAAUAUUCUAUUCAACACACAUUGGGAUCCAGGAGAAUAAAAGAACUCUGCUCCCCAAAACAACAAAUAAACAAAAAUGCUUCUAAAAAUAUCCGAACAGCAAAUGCUUAUUAGCAUCUGGAGAAUGAGUAGGGGGGACUCUGCACUUCUCUUUGCUUUUCAUGUAGAUAACUGCUAGCUGGGAUUUCCAUAGUCAGAUUCUUCAGACUACUUAUUCCCAUGGAAAAAUGAAACUAUUAUGCUGAAAUAUAGUGUAACACUGGUACAUCCAUCAAAAUUUGUCAGCUAGCAUGAAGAUGUCUUAAUUAAGCAUUGAGCUUAACACUUUUUUUUGUUUUUGUUGUGUUGGACUUGCUUCUUUCUCCUGAAGAAGUUGUGAUUUUUCUGAAAAAAAAAUAAUCCUAUUUUAAAAAUAAAAUCAUAAAGGGAAAAUCAGUGAUUUAA